AAACAAUUUGCUCUUGUGUGAAAGACAAUACAGCAUGGCGGAUACUUCGAAAGAGCCUCUGGCGAACGAGCAGAAACCAAUACACACCAUCAUAUUAGACUCCUCACCUCUUCUGCUUAACACGCCCGGCAUCUCCACCCUCCUUGCGAACGGCCAUGUUCUAGUGACCACUCCUUCUGUUAUCGCUGAAAUCCGAGGGGAAGAAGCAAGAGCCAGGAUCGAAACACUAUACAAGCCUUUUCUUACUAUCAAAAACCCCAGACCAGAAAGUGUUAAACUUGUCAAAGAAUUUGCGAGGAAAACUGGGGACGGCGCGGUUCUCAGUCAAACGGAUUUUGAAGUACUUGCGUUAGCAUACGAUGUCGAAUGUGAGCGAAAUAAUGGCGACUGGCGUCUGCGAGCAACUCCGGGUCAGAAGAGGGUGAAUGGUAGUCCGCCACAGAAACAAGCAGCGCAGGAUGAGCCGAACGAUGUGGCCGAGCCAGAUGCUGCUGAAUCGGAAAAUCCAAAGAAAAAAGAGGAAGGGGAGCAGGAAGAUGAGAUCAAGAAUCAAGUUGAGUCGCUGAGUCUGAACGGUGGGGAAGACCAGCAACCACGACAUCAGCAGACAGUCGAAGUGGCCGAGGAGCAGCCUGAACCCGAGGGCUUCCCCACGUCAGAAACAGGAGAACAAAUUACACAGAUACAAGUCGCUGGCGCAGAGUCCGACUCUGAUGAGGGCUGGAUAACACCAUCGAAUAUCAAGAAGCGACAAGCAAAAGAUGAGGAUGCAAGCAGUAAAUCACUAUCCGAGACGAAACACCUGCAAGUUGCCACGAUGACCGGUGAUUUUGCAAUGCAAAAUGUACUACUCCAAAUGAACCUCAACUUACUGUCAAGCAAGACUUGCCAGCGGAUCUCGCAGAUCAAGCAGUUCAUCCUCCGGUGCCACGGCUGCUUUGCGACAACGAAGGACAUGAGCAAGCAAUUCUGUCCUCGAUGCGGAAAAGCCACCUUGACACGAGUAAGCUGCACGACUAACGACAAAGGCGAGGUCAAAUUGCAUCUCAAGGCGAAUAUGCAGUGGAACAACAGGGGAAAUGUUUUCUCCAUACCGAAGCCAACCAGCGGCAGUGCGAAUCAGAAAUGGAAAGGCCCGAGACAAGGUGGAGGACAAAGCGGCUGGGGCAACGAUCUGAUUUUGGCCGAAGACCAGAAAGAGUAUAUCAGGGCAAUGUCGUCGAUGAAGAGGACGAAAGAGAAGGAUCUCAUGGACCAAGAUACCCUCCCAAGUAUCUUGACUGGAGACAGAGGUCAGAAUUCUGGCAGGAUGCGGAUUGGAGCUGGUAGGAAUAUCAACUCAAGGAAAAGAUAGUUGCCAGAGAAACUUAGUAAUCCUAUAAAGCCACGACCGACAUAUCAAG